AUGCUAACUGGUUUCCANGAUGCCAACGAGGACCCCGACCACGCAUACCUCUUGUUCUCUGCCACGUUCCCCAAGGAGUCCCGUAAGGUGGCUCGUACCUACAUGGACCAGGAUGCCGUGCGUGUCCGUAUCGGCCGUGCUGGUUCGACCCACAAGAAUGUCACUCAGGACAUCAUCUUCGUUGAACGUAACCAGAAGAAGCAAGCUCUGUACGAUCUCCUUAUGGCUAGAGAUCCCUGCCGUACCUUGAUCUUCUGCAACAGCAAGGGCGCUGUUGAGGAGCUCGAUGACUACCUCUUCAACCGCGGCUUCCCUACCAACUUCAUGCACGGCGAUCGUUCUCAGCUCGAGCGUCAAGACUCGAUGCGCAUCUUCAAGAGCAGAGAGAAGGGUAUCUUGAUUGCCACCAACGUCUUUGGUCGCGGCAUCGAUGUUCCCCAGGUCAACCACGUCAUCUGCUAUGACCUGCCUGGAGUUGAGUAUGGCGGCAUCUCGGAGUACAUCCACCGCAUCGGACGUACUGGUCGCAUCGGCCACAAGGGCCACGCUACCUCCUUCUACAACGAGCGUAACGAGGACAUUGCUCCUGCCCUGGUCAACAUUCUCCUGGAGACCGACCAGCCUGUUCCCGACUUCCUUGAGCAGUUCAAGCCUGACAGUGGCAAGGCCGAGUUCGAGGACGACAUCACCGAUGAGGAGGACGAGGCCUUUGAGCCUGGCUAUGUCGCCGCCCCUGGUGCUGGUGCUGGUGCUGGUGCCUUUGACGAGGCUCCCGCUCCCGCCGCUUGGGGCGCUGAUUCUUCAGCUCCCGCUGCUGCCGAGGCCGACCCCUGGGGUGCUUCUGCUGCUGUUUCCUCUUGGUAG